AUGCCCAGCGUCCUCCUCACAUGGAACGACAUCAAAGACAAGCUCGCCGACGUGUGCGAGGCGGGCGACGUCGACGGGCUGAAAGAUCACUACGAAGUGUUGCCGUCCAACCGGCAGCCGCUCUCGAUCGACUCGAAAGUGAACGCCGGCGACGAGAACUGCCUUCAUAUUGUGGUUAGGAAUGGUCACGUGACGUGCGCAGAGUAUCUGUUGGCGCGCGGUGCUGGCGUCAACGUGACUGGAAAGAAGGGCAUGGCGGCCGUGCAUCUGGCGGCAAUUCGCGGCGAUCUGCGCAUGCUGGAUAUGAUCGUGGAGAGUGGCGGUGACAUCACACUGCUAGACAAUGGCUUUGCAAGUCCUCUCUACUAUGCCACCAAAUAUGGUCGAAUUGAGUGCGUUCGUUAUCUUCUAUCGAAACACAAAGAGAAUGAACGUAAAACGGUGACAUGUCACUACGUUGACGUGCCGUGUAAGGCUCCAAAAUGGGAGACUCCGUUGUGGGUGGCAGUGAGACAGGGUUAUGUCGAGAUUGUGGCUCUGCUGGUGACGAGUGGCUGCCACUUGGAACAGCGAGAUCCCAAUGGAUGGACUGUGCUUCAUGCAGCUUGCAAGCGAAGUAAUGUGGAAGUGGUGAAGACGCUUUUAAAGGUUCGUAGAUUGUGUGGAUACUGUAAUGGUUGUGUGGAGAUUCGUGUCACUUACUCAUUGGUCUAG